UGAUUUCGCUCCAAACUCGGACGGAAUCCAUGUGGAGCCCACAGCCUCGCUGCUGAUGGUUUCGUAAGUCUAGUCCAUGUUAAACGACCAACGACGAAUCAAGCUACUUGGCUUAAAUCGGAAAUUAAAUUGUUUUUUGUUAGUUGGUUGGCUCAGUCUUCCCGUAGCACCAAAAAUGUCAUCCAUACUCGCGAUCAUCAUCUGCCUCCUUGCUCUCUUCACCCAAUCUCAAUCCCUCUCUUCCCCCACCGUAUGCAUCAUCGGCAGCGGCAUCGCCGGCUCCUCCCUCGCUCACUUCCUCCGCAGUUACUCCCCUCCCAACUCUCCGCCUUCCGCCGCUCGUAUCCUUCUUUUCGAGCGAAACGGGAUCGUCGGAGGCCGCAUGGCAACUGUCACCAUCUCCGGCGAGACCUUCGAGGCCGGUGCCUCCAUUCUUCAUCCCAUGAACUAUCACGCGUCCAAUUUCACUAAAUUGCUGAAUUUGAAGCGAAGGAUACCUCCCACUUCCAUGAGCUCUUUCUCGCUGGGGAUUUGGAAUGGUAACAAGUUUGUGUUCAAAACGAUGACUUUUGAGUCUAAGAAUCCGUUUGUACAGAAGAUCGUCUCCUUUGCUAAUUCUCUUUACAUGUUGUUGCGCUAUGGCUUUUCGCUUUUCAAAAUGAACAGCUUCGUUGAGGUUACCGUAAACAAGUUCUUGAAGUAUUAUCAGAGCUUUGAAACGAGGCCCACUUUCGAGACUGUAGAUGAGAUGCUGCAGUGGGCUGGUUUGUACAAUCUAACUACUUGCACUUUGCAAGAGGAAUUGGUGAAUGUUGCAUUGUCUCCUCUAUUGAUUCAAGAACUUGUCACUGUCAUUACAAGAAUUAACUAUGGCCAAAGUGUUUAUAUCAGUGGACUUGCUGGAGCAGUUUCCUUGGCAGGGUCUGGUGGAGGUUUGUGGUCCAUUGAAGGAGGGAACUGGCAGAUGGCUAGUGGGCUAAUUAAUAGAUCAGAUAUUGAAUUGCACCUCCAUGAAGAAAUACUGUCUAUCUUUAACCUUGGAGAAUAUUAUGAGCUCAACUCUACAAAAGGAAGGAGUUAUAUGUGUGAAGUCACAGCCAUUGCGACACCACUAGAUGAGUUGAAUAUUCAAUUUACACCUCCAAUAUCAAUUCCUGAGCGUCAAUUACAACACACACAUGCAACUUUUGUGAGGGGCCUCCUUAAUCCUGGAUAUUUUGGCCUACAAACUGUCUCAGAAAUUCCAGAACUUGUGGGCACCAUAGAGGAUCCUGACCUUCCGUUCUCAAGCAUUUCUAUUCUCAAGCGGCACAAUGAGACAGAUAUGACAUACAAAGUAUUCUCUCGAAAAGCAAUGCCUGAUUCAUUACUUGAUAACAUUUUUAGUGUGAGGAAGGAGACUAUAAGAAUAGACUGGGGUGCUUACCCUCAUUACAAAGCUCCUGAAGUAUUUGCGCCUUUUAUUUUGGAUGGUCAGCAUUUGUACUAUGUGAAUGCCUUUGAGAAUGCAGCUAGCACCAUGGAAACAAGUGCUGUUGCAGCUGAGAAUGUAGCACGACUCAUCCUGUCCAGACUUUUUGGCGAGGUAUCCUUGAGUACAUCUUACUUCAUGAGCUCUUUUUCAGAUGAUGAGUUGUUGCAUGCUGAGUUGUGAUUCAAAUGUAUAAACACAAAAGAGUAAAUUGUAGCGGCUUUAAAUAAUGAAUGAGAGUGUAAAAGGGUUCUUCUGUGUUACAUUCGGCACUGUGGAUGUCGGUGCACCCUUCGAUACAAAGUCACCAGCACAAUCUCAAAGAGACUGGUAUCUGCCAGAUUUGUAUAAUAAGGCCUUCGAAGUUGUAUCAAUGGUACUCUGAUGUUGUACCAAGAGUAGAGAGUAUUGAGACCCUAUCUCGGAUAUCACCAUACUUUGUGAUUACUUUGUUAAAUAAAAUUUGUGUUGAAUUCAA